AUGUCAACCCCGCAGGAGCUGGUCCCGGAAACGGAUUCCAUCGCGGAAGUCUAUGCCACCGGUGAUGACUCCGUGAACUCGGUUGCACCGGAGCACCAGCAGCGAUGGAACGCCCUCAUCCAGCAGUUCAACAAGCAGUACACCCACCGUCCGGAUUUCGUCGCCCGCAGCCCCGGCCGCGUUAACAUCAUCGGCGAGCACAUCGACUACUCCCUCUACGACGUCCUGCCCACCGCCGUCAGCGUCGACGUGAUCAUGGCCGUCAAGGUCGUCCCUGCCACUGCCUCCCGAGCCACCGUCAAGAUCGCCAACGUUAACCCCGAGAAAUUUCCUGCGCGCGAGUUCUCCGUGCCCCAUGAUUCGGACAUCGAGAUCGACCCCAAGAAGCACGAGUGGAUCAACUACUUCAAAGCCGGUCUCCUCGGUGCACUCAAGUUCCUGCGCAAGGAGAAGGCGGAUGGCUCCCUGAUUCCCGCUAGCAUGGAGAUCCUCGUCGACGGAAAUGUGCCCCCGGGUGGUGGCAUCUCGAGCAGCGCGGCUUUUGUCUGCGCCAGUGCCUUGGCCGUCAUGAAGGCCAACAACCACAACGUCUCCAAGCAGGAUCUGCUGGAUCUGGCCGUAGUUUCCGAGCGCGCCGUCGGCGUGUACUCUGGCGGUAUGGAUCAAGCUGCUUCCAUCUUCUCCAAGCGCGGCUAUCUGCUUUACACCCAAUUCUUCCCCGCAUUUAACGCCGAGCACGUCCCCAUCCCAGCUGCCGAUGACGAGAUCACCUUCCUCAUGGCCCAGAGCUUCGUCACCUCCAACAAGGCCGAUACCGCGCCCCGCCACUACAACCUUCGUGUCGCUGAGUGCACACUCGCCGCCGUCAUCCUAGCCAAGACCUAUGAUCUCACCCUCCCCAAGGACAACAGCUCCCUCGGCUACAGCUUGCGCAACUUCCAAAACAAACUGAUGACCAAGGAAGGCCGUCUCGGCGACCCCCUGGAAUACCAGAUCGACUCCGUCAUCCAGGCCACCCAGGAUCUCUUCACGAAGGAGGAGGGCUACACUCGCGAGGAGAUGGCCCAGCUGCUCGGUAUCUCUGUUCCCGAGCUCGAGUCCAAGUUCCUCUCCGCGUUCCCAGUUCAGGCGGAGCGAUUCAAGCUGCGCCAGCGUGCGCUGCACUGCUUCAAGGAGGCCCGUCGGGUACUCGACUUCAAGGCUUGCCUUGCAAACGCAUCAAAGCUGGAUAAGAAGCGCAUUCACUACCUCGGCCAGCUGCUGAACGAGUCCCAGGAGUCCUGCUAUUCCUCCUACGAGUGCAGUGCGCCUGAGGUGGAUGAUAUCUGUGCCAUUGCCCGUCGCGCGGGUACAUGGGGUAGCCGCUUGACUGGUGCUGGUUGGGGUGGUUGCACUGUGCACAUGCUGCCCCAGGGCAAGGUCGAGGCUGUGACGACUGCUCUGCGCGAUGAGUACUACCUCAAGAAGUUCCCCGACAUCAGCGCCGAGAAGCUGGAGCAGGCUAUGGUCAUUAGCAAGCCGUCCAACGGCUCGUUCGUGAUCGCUGGAGCGGCUAUCGACGGGGUUGCGCUUUGA